UCAUUCAAUAUUUUUUCUUGUUUUCUGUAAUGAUUUUUUCUUAUUUUCUGGACUUGGGGUUUUUGGUGUAAUGUUUGUGUGUGUCCCUGAAAAACUGUUUUGGCAGGAGUUGAAACGCCGCUGGACGUCCGUUCUCCAUCACAUUUGUGGCAUACAUCGCUGGGAGGAAGACGGACAGGAGAGGACUUGCUACCACCGGGACCUCACUGAAGAGCAGCAGAGAAGGAAGAAAUGGCUGCAAACCGACUCUGCUGCAUUCCAGACACUGUCGGACCACGUACUGAACAAGAACCUGUUGAAAGACCUCAACCACAUGACUCUCUUCCAACAUACAGGAGCCCUGGAGGUGUACCACAGUGCAAUGCUGAAGUACACUGAAAAGAGGCUUCACUUCGCCUACAGCUCUAUGAAGGCACGCACCCUACUCUCUGUGAUGGACAACAACGAGAAUGUUGGCCGUCAACAAGCAACGACCAGUGAUGGGACUCCGAGAUACAAUUUGGUUUUUCCCAAACAAUCUAAAAGAUGGGUUGCCAGGAAGAGGUACGAGCCAACCAGGCAGACAUUCAGGAAGGAUUUGGUGGAGCGGGUCCUGGAAAGGCGCAUGGAUCCUACUGUGAAGUUUGCAGAUCCACAUUUUUAUAUCCAGCAACCAGCUACUAUACCCGACAACAUAGCCACCGGACAAAGAUCAAGGUAUUGCAGAGCACGUCUCCCGUUUUAAAACAUGAUUAAAAGGGGAAAAUGAAAGUCUAACUGGAGUUUAGUGUGGUGCUAAAUACUGUCUGCAAACAUUAGUAAAAAGACAAAAAGGUCAACAGCAAAACAUUUAUUGAACCAUAUACGUGUACAUUGUUGUUAAAAUGUUACCGUAAACAAUCGUAAUGUCAUCUGUAACCAAAUGUAUGUCUUCUUUUUGUGUUUGAUAUAAAGGAUUUGUUGAAGUAGCAAAUGUUUUCUAGUAGACUACAGUAGUGUUGUGUUCAAAACAAUCUCGGAGCAUCUUGUGCUUCCCUGAAUCCAACAUAUUGUCCAGCGGCCGAAGGGUAUUUGUUUCGGAUGCUGGUCACUACACAGGAUGGAAGAACACGUCGGUUUCCUCUUCCCAGCUGUGUUCCUUUCAACCCCCACUCAAGAACGAUUCUGUAAGCCACCAAUCGGUACUGCCUAAAACAAGAAGGAAUACAAGUUAGCUUUUGGGAGCAGGCUCUUACAAAAGACAGCUAAACUAUGGUAAUAGCACACAAAGACAAUGGCCCUACUGCUGUUCAUGGUGGUAGACAGAUUUGCUGAAUUGAUCAGGCUAAAAAGCCUACGGCCUAUGUCUAUAUAGUAAAAAAAUUGUCCAAGCAAGUCACGCUUGUGUAUUUCAUUUUUGCCUUUAGUCCUGGUAGGACCUUUUUAACCAGAGCAAUAUUGUAAUUAAGAAACUUCUUAGUUAAUAAAAAAUAAUAGCUGGCUAGAUAUUCUAAGCUUUCUCCAUCAGCCACUCUCUAGACGGAGGCUGUGGUUGUAGGCCUGCAUCAAUGGUAAAGAGCCUAGCCUAUAAUAAAGCAGACUUGGAGUCCAUGUAUGAACAUACCAUGUAUAAUAUUUGAUUGAUUGCACUUUAAUAAAUCAAUUAAAUUAUUAUAUAUGGUAUGUUCAUGCAUUGCAACACACAAUUACAUUUUGUUUGGAUUGCACACUUACAACAUUGACAACUGGCCGUUGGGUCCAGCAGGUCUGGGUCUUCUUUUCCAAUUUAUUUUAUCAAAGGAGAAGAAUGUUUCCAGCACUCCUCGAUUUAGAAGGGGUAGAAAGUCCUGGUGCUCCGUAAUGCAGAUUGCCCUGUCUCGGGGGGCGCUAUGCCCAGACACAUCGAGAUCCUGAAUGCUAGUGUCCAGCUCCAGCUCUUGCAUCUGUGGGAUGACUAAGUCCCACUCCCUGCAGCAAAAGCAUUCGUCCCCUGUCGGCAUUUGAAUACAUUUUCUGCACUGGCACCACCAGUCUCCCGUUGUUCUGUCCCGGUUCUCUACUGCAGCUCCAGCGGGGACGGUCUCUAAAGACGCUCUUUCUCGUUCUGCCCUUUGAGCAUCCAUCUCUCUCAGUUCUUCAUCCGUGUAUUCCGGCUCGUACAUGUACGGUUCGUUGGAUACAACAAAUUCCUCAUUAUCGUCGUCAAAAGCCCUCCAAACGUGGCCAUAUCUUUUUAAUUGAAUACGCUAAUUCCUUCGUUCACUGUACUCGGCGUUUGUAGCAUUGACAGCGGCAGGUAAAUAAACUAGAGCCGGUAACCUAGGUAUCAGUCCGCCGCUGCCGUAGCCUACUACCAGGAAUAUAACACUGCUGCUGAGACCCAGCAAUUCCCUCAAAAUGCAAUGCAAUGCAAGGUUGGUUUUAUUUCUAACAUUAUUCUAUAAACAGACAUUUAAAUCUAUAGUCUGGUGUUAUUAUUGAUUGACCUUGGGUGUACUGUGGAGUGGGUAAGACUGUUUUUAAUAGCAGGCUAGCUUUGCCCGUUCACUUGCGCUAGCCUAGCACGAGAGAACUCCGCAACUAGAAGGACUGAAUAAAAUGUGUUGAAAACUGUCUCCAGUGAUAUAGAAUACCAAUGCUCACUUGGGAAUCAGGCCCUAUGUCCAAAAUUCCAAACUACCCCUUUAAGGAUAUAUGUGGUAAUGGAACAGGUAGGGGUUAGACAGUGUUUAAAGAUAUAUGUGGUAAUGGAACAGGUAGGAGUUAGACAGUGUUUUAAGGAUAUAUGUGGUAAUGGAACAGGUAGGGGUUAGACAGUGUUUAAAGAUAUAUGUGGUAAUGGAACAGGUAGGAGUUAGACAGUGUUUAAGGAUAUAUGUGGUAAUGGAACAGGGAGGGGUUAGACAGUGUUAAAGGAUAUAUGUGGUAAUGGAACAGGUAGGGGUUAGACAUUGUUUAAGGAUAUAUGUGGUAAUGGAACAGGUAGGGGUUAGACAGUGUUUGGUUUUCGGGACUGAAGCCCAGAAUCUCACCUCAAAAGCCCUGUAUCUUUUUUUUUUGGUGAAAAAUUACUUUGAAGUUGUUAAAGUACAUUAGCUAACAAUUGUCACUAUUCUUGAGUUUUUUUUACCAUCUAGUGGAAAGGACAUUCAACAGCAUGGAUAGUACUUCGAUACAAAAUCAUGGGCCUAUUUUUGGCCAAGCACACCAGCAUAAAAUGCAAAAAGGCCAACAAACAAACAAACAAACAAUUCUUCUCCGCAAUCCUACUUUGAAUCUACUGAAAGUUGCUCUCAAAAAAAGUCUCAAUUGUAGUUUACAUAAAAAUCUCUAGAGUUCAAUAGUUAAGUGGUUAUUGUUUCUUUCCAUUAAACAUAAUUGUCUUGAGCGGGCCCUGCAACUGAAAAUGUAGGCUAAGAACUAGAAGGGAUUUAGGAUUUGCCAAUGUCCAGCAGGUCACCUUAAAAUGGAGUGACCUAGAAUAUGAAAUAGAAU